UACCGGAAUUUUAAUUAUCGCAAACCAAAUAAGCAAAAACAAAGUAUACGUUAUAUAUAUUAUUACUUAUACGACAUCUAUUUAUUCUUUCUUAUAUACCCUAAAUUAAAAAAUUUGGUGACAUUGACAGCGUAUACGGCAAAGGAAAGUAUUGUGUGUAAUUUAUUGAUAUUUUUAUUAUUUUGUCAAAAUGGAACUUAAAUUAUUGGAAAGAAUAGAAAAACUUGGGUAUAAUGGUCAAUUGAUAGAACCUAAUAAAUUCAAAGAAGCUUUAAAACAAGGUCCAAAAUCACCAGAAUUUACAAAACUUGUAGCAUGGUUAGCAGAUGAGAUUGCAUUACUAAAUGAUAUGGAUGAAACUAUUCAUGCAAUAGUAUCACCAGAUGAUUCUAGUUCUUUCUUAUUAGAAUUAAGCUGUUUUCUUAAGGAAUUAGGAUGUAUGAAUGAGAGAUUAAUGACUGGUAAUGUUAAUACAAGAUUGACAACUGAACAAGAUAGAUAUAUCUUAUUAGAUUUUUUGGGAGCAGAAUUAAAAACUUGUAGAUUAUUAGAAUUCAAAAAACAUAAAAAUUUAAAUUCCACUGCUGUUGUUGUUGAAGAGAGUGAUACUGCUAAGGAUCUUAAAGAUAUGUUAAUAGCUUUAAAUUUUGAAAAACCACCAAAUGAUAUUACUUCAGAAAAGCUUUUUACAAGACUGGAGAAUAAAUUGACUGAAGUAUUAAAAAUAGCUCCUUCUGAACUUGUAGGACAACCAUUAAUUACUCAUGAAUUCUCAGAAGCAGAUUGGAAAGACCUUCAACAUAUACAACAAGAAUUACAUGAUGAGUAUAGAGUGCGCCGUGAUAUGUUGCUCAAAAGACUUGAUGUAACGGUGCAAUCUUUCCUAUGGUCAGAUAGAGUUAAAGCUCAAGAGGCUGAAUUAAAUAGACGUUAUGAAGAAACUAGAAAAUUUUUAAAUGCAGAACCAGACAUUACAAUUGCUGAUUUAUUAGCAGCAAGAGAUGAUAUUGCAUUAAUGGAAAAAACAAGCAAUGCAAGUGUUAGAAAAAAUACUCAAAGUGAAAUUAAUAAAGUUAUUAUAGGAGAAGUACCAGAUAGAGGUGGAAGACCAUAUGAACAAGAACCACCACCACCUGAAAUGCCACCUUGGCAAAAAGAUAGGGUACCAGGACCUUCAACUAGUGGAAAUAGAGGAAGUGGAGGCAAUAGAGGCGGUGGUCGUGGAAGAGGCAAUUUUCAAAAUUCUAAUGCUACUUAUAUCAAUGAUAGAAAUUCAUAUAGUGGUCAUGGAGAUAGUGGACAUCAAAGUUCAAAUUUUGCUCCUAAUAGUGGUGGAUAUGGUGGACAAGGAGGAAAACAAGGAGGUGGUUAUGGAGGAGGGUAUGGAGGACAAGGAGGAGGGUAUGGAGGACAGGGAGGAGGGUAUGGAGGACAAGGAGGAGGGUAUGGAGGAGGGUAUGGAGGAGGGUAUGGAGCAGGACAAGGAGGAGGAUAUGGAGGAGGUCAAGGAGGAGGAUAUGGAGGAGGUCAAGGAGGAUAUGGAGGUGGAUUUGGAACUAGUGGAAAUAAUAGUUAUAGUGGAGAUAAUAGAGAUGGAGGAUAUGGUCAUCGAUACUGUAAUCCAGGUAAUAUAGGACCUACAUCUCAAUCCGAAUAUAAAAGUGGACAACAAUAUCAAAGAGGAGGUUCCAGUGGUCGAGGAAGAGGAGGUAGAGUUCAAGGAGGAUGGAAUCAAGGAAUAGAUAAUUAUCAACGUGGCGGAUAUAAUCGUGGAGGCCAAGGAGGACGACAAUAUUAAAAUAUUUUGUGUAAUGUAUUUAUUAUGAAUGUAAUAGUAAAAGAUAUUUACAUCACAGAGCAUAAUAAUUAAUAUCAAUGAAUUUCUAUAUAACAAAUGCUUAAAAUUUAUAUAUCUAACAUUGUUUUUAAACAUUAUAUAAGUUAUAAAAUGCAAAUAUUAAUUCUAAACUAAAAAAUAAAUAAGAAACAUUGAUAUUAUUCAUAGAAACAUAAAUAAUUUACUCUUAUAUGAAUUAAAGUAAUCAUUGUAUCCUAUUUUAUAAGACUUUCUUGUGUUCUGAAUAUUAAUUUUGGCUAUGUUUGAAUUUUGUAAAUAUGCAUUUUUUUGUAUAAUGAAGAAAAGAUAGUGAAUAUGUUGAAAUUAAUCUAUACAAUGUAAUAUGUAAGAAAAAAAAAUUUAUUGUUUAAAUUAUUUAAUUGUAUAAUAUUUAUCAAAUAUAUACGUAUAUAUUAUAA